AGCAGGUUGCUGAUGUAUUAACCACUGCUUAGCAGUCUGUGUUCGCAGGCUCAACACAGUCUCUUCUGGGAUCAGAAUUUACUUAAGUACUUAGGGUUUGAUUAGCCAUAAUGAAUCACAUGAGUGGCCUCAGUAAGACAGUGUUAGGUGACCUGCUGAAGCUGAACCGGCAGCGUGAGUUUUGGCCCAUUUAGAGAAAGAAAUGUACCUUAUGGGAUUGUGAGGGUUGGCUUCUUUUCAUCUCUUCUACUUUUCCACAUGACCUGUGCAUGGAAUUGACGCCUUAAUUUGUCUGAGAGGAGCACCAACAGAACCCAUAGACCAUAUGAGUUAAUGACCUCAGACACUGAGCUGUCUUGAAGAGUCCAAACUUUCCAAUUAGAGGGAAGAAAGUACUUUGCCUGAGAUUUAUAAAGAAAGCUUGAAUAACCAGAUACAAAAGCUGUCUCAUUGAGCUUCUGGGAUUCCUGAAAAAAAGUUCACAGUUGAGAACAAACUGUUCUGUAUAAAGAGCAGCAGUCAGAGCAGCAGCGUAGUGUAGAUGCACUGAAUGGUUCCCUCCAGCCUGCAUUGGGUACCUGCGGAAUUUUCCAAAUCAGCUCCUGAAGUUCUGCACCUAAAGUGGGUUUAUGUGACCUGUGUCAUGGAUGGAUUUGCUGCAGGUGGAAAAUGUUAGGUUACUUGAUCGUUUAUCUUCAAGAAGAGCUGUGGUGGGAACCUUGUAUUUAACAGCUACUCAUGUCAUAUUUGUGGAGAAUGGUUCUGAAACCCGCAAAGAAACCUGGGUUCUCCACAGCCAAAUUUCCUCUAUUGAGAAGCAAGCCACCACUGCCACUGGCUGCCCAUUACUGAUCCGCUGCAAGAACUUCCAGGUCAUCCAUCUGGUGAUCCCUCAGGAACGAGACUGCCAUGACGUCUACAUAUCUCUGAUACGUUUGGCUCGACCAGUGAAAUAUGAAGAGCUGUAUUGCUUCUCCUUCAAUCCAAAAUUAGAUAAAGAAGAACGAGAGCAAGGGUGGAAGCUUGUGGACCUCAAUGAAGAAUACAAUCGGAUGGGUGUUCCAAACAACUAUUGGCAGAUUAGUGAUGUAAACAGAGACUAUGGAGUCUGUGACUCCUAUCCUACAGAAGUCUAUGUACCAAAGUCUGCAACUGCACACAUCAUAGUGGGGAGUUCCAAAUUUCGAAGCCGAAGGCGUUUCCCAGCUCUUUCCUACUACUGCAAGGGCAACAAUGCCUCCAUAUGUAGAAGCAGCCAGCCUUUAUCUGGCUUUAGUGCUCGGUGCCUUGAGGAUGAACAGAUGCUCCAGGCCAUCAGAAAAGCCAAUCCAGGAAGUGAUUUCAUAUAUGUUGUUGACACUCGGCCCAAACUCAAUGCAAUGGCAAACAGAGCAGCAGGGAAGGGAUAUGAAAAUGAAGACAACUACUCCAACAUCAAGUUUCAAUUCAUAGGCAUUGAGAACAUCCAUGUUAUGAGAAAUAGUCUGCAGAAAAUGCUUGAAGUUUGUGAGCUGAAAUCACCUUCAAUGAGUGACUUUCUGUGGGGCCUAGAAAAUUCUGGCUGGCUGAAGCACAUCAAAGCCAUUAUGGACGCUGGCAUCUUUAUUGCAAAGGCUGUGGCUGAGGAAGGUGUGAGUGUGCUUGUUCACUGCUCUGAUGGCUGGGAUAGGACAGCCCAGGUUUGCUCUGUAGCAAGCCUUCUAUUGGAUCCAUAUUACAGAACUAUGAAAGGAUUCAUGGUGUUAAUUGAAAAAGACUGGAUUUCCUUUGGCCACAAAUUUAACCACAGGUAUGGCAACUUAGAUGGAGAUCCAAAGGAGAUAUCGCCUGUUAUUGACCAGUUCAUCGAAUGUGUUUGGCAGUUAAUGGAACAGUUUCCUUGUGCCUUUGAAUUCAAUGAAAGAUUCCUCAUCCACAUACAGCAUCACAUCUAUUCUUGCCAGUUUGGGAAUUUCCUGUGUAACAGCCAGAAGGAGAGAAGAGAGCUGAAAAUCAAAGAACGAACGUAUUCAUUGUGGGCUCACUUGUGGAAAAAUCGUGCUGAUUACCUGAAUCCUUUAUACAGGUCAGACCACAGUCAAACCCAAGGGACCCUGCACCCACAGAUAGCUCCAUGCAACUUCUUGUACAAGUUCUGGAGUGGUAUGUACAACCGCUUUGAAAAGGGGCUGCAUCCUCGACAGUCAGUUACUGAUUAUCUAAUGGCAGUGAAGGAAGAAACUCAGCAGCUGGAAGAAGAGCUGGAAGUCUUGCAAGAGAGAUUGGCAAAUCUUCAGAAAUCACAAUCAGGUAAUAAUAAAGUGAAGAGUAAGCAACAAGAUCGAAGCAAACAGUUUGGACUGUAUACCUCCAACAACAGCUUAGCUAAUACUCCCCAGGAGUAUAGCAAUGAUCUGAAAUCAUUCCCAUCCCGGAGCCCUUCUCAAGGGGAUGAAGAUUCUGCCCUGAUUUUGACACAGGACAACCUGAAAAGCUCUGAUCCUGACCUCUCAGCCAACAGUGACCAGGAGUCUGGUGUGGAGGACUUAAGCUGUAGGUCCCCAAGUGGGGGUGGCUGCUUCCCUAGUGAAGACAGUGGCAAGGACUCUGACGAAGCUGUAUUUCUGGCAGGCUGAAAUACCUGCAUGGCAGCAAGGAUCCAGAUGAUGUAAAACCUUACACAGUCUGGAAUGACAUCUUUUCAUCAGAUGAAGAAUGGAGGUAGUCUGUGGCCUACAGAAAUAAUCCAAAGAAAGGGAACUGUGCAAUUGUGUAAGUUAAGAUCCAAGCAGAACAAGUUACUGUUAAUUUUAAGACAUUGCACUAAAGAAAGGUAGUAUCUGCUGUUAUAUUUCAUUAAGCCAAUAUGGUGGUUGUUUUAUCAAUGCUGUACAUAAUUAUUCCUUACUUUGUACAUUUCCAUAGUUAUUUAUUGGACAGGAUAAUAGUUCUUUUCCUAAGAUGUGAAAUUCCAAAGUACUCUCUUACACAAGGCUGAAGAUGCAUUACUGUUAGCCUCACUGGUGAAUCAGUCAAAACUUAUUUUUGUAGAGCUCAUUUGCCUUCAGACAUAUAAUGGAUAUUCUUCACUUUUUUUCUUCCCAAGAGGUUAGAAGAAUUAUUUUUCAUAUUCUCCUACUAAUCUUCUUUACAGCAAAGUAAAAUAAAUGGACACCCUGGCUCAGAGGACAAGGAUUUUUUUGAUCCUGAAAAAAACAAAACCAUUAAUAAGCAGUUGCUGCUGCUGCAUCUGAAUGCAUCUCAUUUGUACUCAAUUCUCAUCCAGUGUUGAAAGUUCAGUAGAUUCUGUGACCAAAACUUCAAGGAAUGUAACAAGCUCACACAACCUUUGUGCUAAAACCCCCCUUUGUAACAAAAGGCACACGAGGCAGUUUACUCUUGCUACUUUAUGUUUUGUUAUUGUUUGCUUAUAUCUUACCCUUGUUCCAAACCACCUACAUAAGAUAUAAAGGUAAAAAUUUGAAGGUGAUAAAAUCCCUGAUUCUUCAGCCUAUUUUCCUACUCAAAAAUGUUUUAUUUGAGUGGGAGUGAGGUACAGACACAGUCGAGAGAAUAGGGAAUAUAGAAUCACUUACAGAAAUCACUUAAAAAAACAUCACUCUGAAUCAGUAAGUAAAUGAAAGCUAUGCCCACAAAGGAACCGUUACAGAGAACAUUUCUUCCAAAUUUUGUUAUUAAAAAUAAACUAAGCAUAACCAACUGGUGUUUUUUAUCCUCACACAAAACUUCCCUUUUAGCAUUUGCCAACCUGAACAGAGCAUGGCAAUACUAAUUUAAGAAAAGGACUGAUUCACUAUUCAUCAGAAAGUUUAAUCUCAUUUAAGAAUUCAGAUAUUUUUAAGACUAGGAGUAAGAAUAGUUUUCAUAAUCAGCAAUUCAGAAGUAAGCAACUGAAAAAUGUUCAAAAUUUGGAAUGUCUUGAAACUCAUUAAAAAAGUAGCCAGCCAUAUUAGGCUGCAACUCUUUCAAGUUUUGGUUUUUUAAAAUUUUAUUUAAAGCCACCAGUUAAAAACAUAAUUCAUAUGGCUGCUUUUACGUGCUCGAAGACAGUGCAGAAUUGAACUCUAGUAGAGCAAAGUGGUAGUAAUGUAAGUUUACUUAGAUUGCAUUUCACACUACUCCUUCAAGUACAGACCUACAGAAAGAACUGUAUUAUAUAAAUAUACCUCAAUUUAGAACCAUUAGAUUUUAUUAUUCAGUCUGCUUUUCUGGAAUGGCUUUUCAUUCUGUUCUGUGAACAUGUUAUUAAAAGUGAAUAGGUAAACUUCAGUAUUAUUACUAUUCUCUGAAGGGAGCUGCUGUCUUUGAACAAAUAAUUCUUAACAGCAAGGUUUAUCUUAAUGUUACAUUGGAAAGGCCAGAUUCUCAAUUUGAUAAAUCGCUGUAGCUCAUUCAAAUAAAAACAACAAUAAAUUAUAUUCUGUUGAGAAUCUAGCCUUCUGGUUUUUAAUCUUUAUGAACUUUUAAUAAAUUAAAGCCCUGAUUUUAACUGCGCUUUUAAAAGUGUUUUGUAUUUUGAACAUAGCCUGUAAACUUUAUGGUAUUAAAGGAAACUUUGACUGGGUUUUCUCAAACUAAAGAAACAUGCUGCAAAGUCACAAUGAAAACAAAACAAAAUAUUCUGCCAAAAAAUCAGUCUGAAAAUGGGCAAUGUUAUUGUACAUAUUUAAAAUGUAAAAUUGUAUAUGAUGACAUUGUGUUCGACUAGACAUGUAUAGAAAUAAAUGCAGAAGAGCGAGAUAUGCAAAUUCAAAGCACUGUCUUUGUGUUGCUUAUGCAACUAGUUGUAACUAACUUUACAACUAAAAUAUUAACAUACUAACAUUUUCUUUACUGAGCCUUCACUUAGCAGCCCUCUGUGAUGUGUCUUUUAGUCCUUGGAGUUUUGCAUUAACUAUUGCUUACAUUGUACUGUAUGUAUUUGUGGCAUUAUCAGGCUAAUGAGAAAUACCUUCAAAUAAACACUUAGAUGUUAUGAAAUGUUAUUUCACACCAGAGAAUGAAACAAAGGAUUGCUUUCCUGAUUUUUUAAAUAGAGUUCUUCAUUUACUCAAGAGUCACUUUGUCACUGAGAUCAAGGGAUUCUUGUAUCUCCCCUACUCUCAUACUUGAAUCCAGUAGCUGCAGUUGUGGAGGAAUCUACAACUGAUAACUAAAAACAUUGAGACUGUCAUCAACAGUGUUAAUUGUAUCGGAGCAUGUUAUACCCCUGUAUUUCUUUUUUUUUUAAGGAAAAAAAAAAGAUGAAAAGAUUUCUCUAUUAACUACAUUAUUUUCUUGUAGCUUUGCUGCAAAUCUUUGCAAAUUUGGCCCAUUGCAAUAAGCCCACUGUAAUUUGAAAUAGGACACAGAUGAAUGUGACUAGACUGCUGAAAGACCUCACUAGAUUCAGGCUGCUCUUUAGUAUCAAACAGCUGAAGCCUCCUUUACAGAACAUCACCAUGUAAAGCACAGAAGGAAAACUAUUUGCCAGCUGCUUUUAUUGGUAACUCUAUACAAGAAACAAAUGUGGUAAACUGAUAAUGGAUUCUAAAAAGCAGAGAAAUUAAUUAGUUGGGGGACACAACAACACGGUAUCAUCAAAAAGAAAAAAAGGAGAAACAGAAAGUAAAAGGAGGAAGGCAGGGAAGGAAAGCUCUUUGUAAAAUCAGCAAGUAAGGCAGGGAACCACAUUCUUUGAAGACAGAGGCAAGCCAGGGCAUGGGUUCACAGCAGGAGAGAUAUUUAAUGACACAAACCAACAAUAAAACUGCAGCAACAAAAUGGGAUAGCCUUUGCAAUGGAGGUAAGAAUGUCAUCACUGUUGACCAGCUAACUUAAUGCUUUUAUGUGGACACUGCCCUGAACUGCAUACAAGAGUUCUCAAGUACACCACAAACAUAGCCAAGGCCAGGGGCUGCUUCUGGGUGCAGCUGAUGGCUGAGUGCAGCUUUUAGGCUGGCUGGUCACCCUUACACUGCAGUGCAGACAGGUAAAUACCACAGUGACUGAAAAAUCCUCCAAGGACAGGUAAGUUGCUGACAAUUCAUUUGGGAAGGCAGGAACAUGUGCCGGAUGAGUUUGAAGUAGGUCAGCUUAUGACAGUACUAAGACACAUGAAAAACAUGCCAAAGAUCUAGAGCCAAAUGUACUGCAAACCCUGAAUUCAGAGAGGUGCCAGAGUGCAGGCAUGAGAAGAUAAAAUAAACAUUCAAAUUUACUUAUAUUAUUUAAAUUGCCAGUAAAGCACCUGAAACCAGCAAAUCAAAUAAUGUUAAAUGUUAAAGGGUACUAGUCUUUUAAUAUAAAUCACUCUGUAAAGAAGCUAAUGAAACCUUACAGGUCCACCAGAAAAACAACUGAACUCAGACAGGGACUAAGUUUGUUGCUAAGGUUAUUCAGAUAAAUUUAUUCUGUUUCUGAAGACUAAACAAUACAGUUCUUUAUAUUGAGGUAUUCCCUUGUUAUUGAAAUAUAGGCUCUCUUUAUACUUAUUACUUAUUAUUACUACACAGAAAUGUGACAUCUACAGGUAUCUGACCAAAACAAGGCAUUUUCAAAAGCCAGAGAUGGAAUACAGGUUUUUAAGGCCCAUUUUAGUGCAGGUAGCUCCAAGAAUUACUGCUGUUUAAAUGGUUGAACAGGAAAAGCUCAAACCACUGCACAUGAAGAUAAAAAAGUUUGUCCUUGAGUAUUGUACUGCAUCCACUUCCAACACAAUUCUGUAUUCACUCAAAAAGUCCUGCAAUUUCCAACUGUAUCUGUAAGUUAUAAGACUACAAGAUAUAUUAAAAUCCUAAAGCCUUUAUGUGUAAGUUUAACACAUUACAGUAUUUACUGUUCAGAAUAAUUAAGGCUGUGAUACUUGACUUUGUUGCCAGAGUUUUAACUGAUAUUUUCCUGAAGGUCUCUUAACUCUCUAUUUUAUAAAAACUUAUUCUAGUAUUUGAAGCGAGUAGUUAGAACUUGGACAUUUAUAAAACUGCAAGAUUUCUAACUUCCCACAUUUGGUCCAGGUCUUAAGUGGCAAAGCUGCUGGAGUAUGUAAAGAGCAAACAACAGAAUUAUAGUACAUGCUGCUUAGAACUGACUUAUCAGUAUCUUGUUUGCAGUGGUGGCUGCAUAGUGCCUCCUCAACAAGUUCACUGAUGACACCAAGCUGGGAGGAGCAGCCAAUACCCCAGAGUGCUGUGCAGUCCUUCAGAAGGAUCUCAGUAGAGAGGGAUGGGCAGACAGGAGCCUUCUGAAAUUCAACAAAAGCAAAUGUAGGGCCCUGCACCUGGGGAAGAAUAGUUCUGGGUUCCUCACAACAAGGAAGACAUGGAGCUCCUGAAGCCAUUCCAGCAGAGGGCAACAAAGUGGAUCACAUCACUUAAAAGAAUAGGCUGAGGGAGCUGGGCCUGUUUAUGCUGAUGAAGACUGAGAGGGGACCUCGUCAAUGUCUGUAAGUAUCUGAAGGAAGGGUGUUAAGAGGAUGGAGCCAGGCUUUUCUUUGUGGUGCUGAACAAUAUCACAAGAGGCAAAUGGCAGAAAGUGAUACCCAGGAAGUUCCACCUGAUUAUGAGGAAGUUCUUUACUGUGUGGGUGGUUGAGCACUGGAGCAGUUGCCCAGAGAGACUGUGGAGUCACCUGCACUGGAGCUAUUCAAGAACCAUCUGGACACAAUCCUGUCCCAUGUACUCUAGGAUGACUCUGCUUGACCAGGGAGGUUUGACCAAAUGACCCAGUGUGGACCUUUCCAACCUGACCCAUUCUGUAAUUUACCAGUAAGAUCAGGUAAAAUUAGUCAAACCCCAGACUCAAUUAGCAGUUACAACACAGAAUGUACACUACCCCCUGCAAACAACUGCAAUAUCAGAGCUGAGCAUUCUCCUUACUCUUGAAUUUUUUGUUCAUGACGCUGGCUUUCCCACUGGAAGAACACCUGAGCAUGACAUUGUGCAAGGCUCCUAAGAAACAAGUCAUGGUACAUAGCCUUUUAUUCUGGAUUGUUUAAAAGUUCUCUUGACAUAUUUCAAAAACCGUUAGGAUAUGCAUCUAACAGCAGCUGCCAUUCUCUUACACUUUAUGGGAAACUGGAUUUACACCUAUGCUCCAUAUUUUGGCAAAAAUUGAGGAUAAAGAAUGUGUUUAACAGUGAGCUACCAGCAUGCUAAAAGCAAAAAUCCCUAACUCUAUCCUAAUAGAGUGUUAACAGUGUUCUACCUAGUCUUCUGCUGAAAGUAGACCAGGGAAGGCACAACCAAUGUAGGACUAAAACAAAAGAAAAACAAAACAACAAAAAUAUCCUCAAAAACUACCCCAACCAGCAUUAGGUAGGCCCCUAAAGACCAAAAACAGGCUGGACAUUCUUGGAUGUGACAGCAUUCCUGCAACUAAUCCAGUAUAUAUCAUCAUUGAAUACGAGACUUCUAUGUUUCUUUUCUAGAGGAUGGGUUUGUGACUGCAGAAGGGGUUAAAAAUAAGGGAAAAAAAUCCAAAGAAUAGUAACAAUGACAUCAGAGAAUAGAAAGGGAAAAAAAAGAACUUAACUUUGAAAUCCCUGAACAACAAACACUGAACUUGCAUAGAACAGUGACAUUUUCUCGUAGAUUCUACUCCACCACCAUCAGAAAGACUCCAUGGAGAAGUUACCAUUUUGAAAAUUUGCUCACUAAAGUAACAUAAAAGGAAAAGCUGAGGAGUUCGGAACUUGUACUAGCAAAUCCCCUGAAGGUCACCUGGCUGAAGUGUUCAGUGACAGCAAAGCACCAUAGUACCUGGCAGAUGAGAACAGAAGUGUGUCCUCCCAUCCUGUUAUAAAACGCAUAAAGAAGAUACUAGCCCAAUACAGCAAGAACACCACAUACCUGGUCAUCCAUGCCUUUCUCUGUUCACAAGAAACAACAACAAAAAAACCAGCUCUGCACAGAAUUGUGUGUAGUCUUGAGAGUUAACUAGAUCCUCAGAAAGAGAUCAGAAACAACAACUCAGCACGAAAUUAGAUGGGAUUUUGCCAAGAAGGUUACAGUGAUUACUUAUACCUAACUUUUCUCCAGAGCUGCAGAAAUCACACUACUCACAGACACAAGUUCAGAACCACUUAGAUGUUUACAUAAUCUAAGGCUUUAGUUAGCACAUUAGCAGGAGUGCUAUGUCAAUAUCCAGGCAGCACAUUCUUUGGAAUAAGAACCUCUAAAAUUAUUGCUUAAGCAUUCCACUUAUAAAGUGCUGAUUUUUUUUUCAGACACUGAAGUAUCUUUGAUUUGGACCACAGAUCUAUUUUCUUGGGACAUCUAAUCUCAGAAUUUGAAUCAGCUUUCAAAUAAGUCCUAUAAAAUACCAGUGAAUAGUUCACUCACCCUGAGAAGCAACAGCUGAGGACAACCACAUAAGUGUAACCAAUGGCAGGGCUGAGACUGAAGACCCACUAGCCUAUGGAACAGACUUUUUGCACUUACAUGAUUUUCCUUACUCACUUUUCUCCAUUCAGAAGAAAUAUCACAUUUUGCUGGAAGAAUAUCAAGUUUAGGACUGAAGAUCAGUGAUAUAGAAAAGCACAUGCUUGGACUGUAGUCUGAGAUUGGAACCUGCCAUGUCCUGUGCCAUGUGCUAUCUAGGUAACACACAGGUAGAGUCUUGGCUAAGAGGUUUAUCUCCAGACUGCUUCCUGACAAGAAAGAAGCAGGAUUUCUGAUACAUUACUUAAUCAGCACUUUAUCCUAUUUACAACUCUUAAAAUUGUACCAUUCCUUCUAUUCCUCCUCCUCCUUCCUCCUUGACUGUCUCCAUGAAAACUUUAUGCAUUGAGAAGAUUAAGAAUGUGUCUUCUCUCAAUAGCAAGAGAGAAAACACAUGCAUGUAUUUAGGACCUGUAUUUUUCUCCUACAGAACACUGCAUUUGGUCCUAUCCAUUCUCACCAGACAUAACCCAUCCCAAGACUGUCAGCCUACCAGAGGCAAGAUUCACUGACUAAAGUGCAGAAUUUACUUUCACUUCCAAAUCUGAUCACUUGCCUUACUAUAUGACACUAUGCAACUCCAACCAAAUUAGUUUGUUUCUUACCAUUAGAAAAAAUUAUUUUCCAAAGA